AUGGGCAAGAACGACGAAGUCUUCGAGCUGAUGCGCCAUCUCCCUUACAUCUGGGAGGACUGUCUACUUGCGCCCGAAUCCAGAGUUGCCAAUUGGCCGACCUUGCUCGAACGAAUGUCUUUUGACCAUAUCUUCGAAACGGAGGGCCCCGAGGGCAUAAGGAUAAUUACCGAGGGACUAGACUGGCCCAACAUACCCUCAUCAGCCUUUAGCCUCACAUGCGGCGGCCGCAAUAACUGUGUGUUCAUCCUCGACACAAAGUACGGCACGGUACACACAUUGAACACUCCCGAGUUCGUACACCCCUCAAAGCCGCCCCUCACUGCGAGGAAUGGUGGGAGCGACCCCUUUGAAUUUUGCGUCCCAGGGAAUGAGCAGGGCUGGCGAAGCAACACAUCAUGGUCUAUUCCAGACUUUUUCGACGUUCUUAAAAACGAGUACGUGGCAAUGAGAUACUUGCCCUACAAUGACGACAGAAUCGAAGAGUUGUACGACAACUAUGGAAAAGACGAGAUUCCUUCAGAUUCAGAGAUUUUGUAUGGCUUGGUCAAGGAGAUUUACGAAGAGCAUGGUUGGCCAGAUUUGUCUGUUUACGACAAAGAGAAAUGCUGGAUUGCGGUGGACAAGUUGAUCAAAGAUCGUUUUCCGAAGGAGGAUUAUUAG